AUGACAUAUUCACUUCAUGUCACCCAGGUCAACAAAAUUCUACACUUUGAGCAAGUGCAAGUCGGGGAGUGUGCAGAUGUGAAAUCAAGCACCUCUAUGGAAAAACAUGCAUUUGUGAAGUGUCUAGACCUGGUGAAGAAACAAGGGCUUAUAGUGACAUCGGUGACCACAGACCGGCAUGUGCAAGUUACGAAGUAUAUGAGGACACAAGAGCCCACCAUCCCACACUUCUAUGAUGCUUGGCACAUCUCAAAAGGCAUCAAAAAGAAGCUGGCCGUCCAUACAAAGAAAUCAGGAUGCAGUGUACUCCAGCUGUGGAUUCAGCCAGCUAUCAAUCAUUUGCAUUGGUGUGCAGCCAUGAGUGAUGGCAAUCCAGAGCUGCUUACAGACAUGUGGAAGAGCAUGGAGCGGCAUGCUGCUAAUAUACACUUAAGGCAUGCCGGUCUGUACACGCAUUGUGCCCACAGUGACCUGGGAGAGAGGCAAUGGCUAGUUCCUGGCACCCCUGCACACAAGAAGUUUGCCGAUGUUGUUAUGGCACCUCGUCUCCUGAAAGACAUUCGGCAACUGGCUCCUUCUACACACACCUUUAGCUUGGAGGCCUUUCAUAGUGUGCUGAUAGGUUUCGCACCAAUGUCUGUAUGCUUCUCAUCUGAUGAAAUGCGUGCAAGGACGCAACUGGCAGUUCUCCACUUUAAUGAAUAUUCAAGCAACAGACAAGCAGUGACAACAAAAGGGCAAUCGUGCUGGAAAAUUAAGCACCCAAAAGCAAGGAAAGGCACGGCUGUAGCUUGCCCCGUGAAAGCCCAACCUACAUAUGAUAAGUAG